UAGGUAUACGGAUACCUGAAAUUGCUAUAAAUUGAGAGGCAGUUCAUGAGCUCUAUAACUACAAGUCUACAAGCAACACUAAAAAAGAAUCCACUAGCAAAUCAGAAACACACAAAGCCACCUUAACAAUGGCAGUCUUGACAGUGAGCCACAACAACAACGGAGAAGGCAGGCUACACGAGUCAACUAAGACUCAGCAGAUUCCUUACUUACAAAAUGGUGGCCAAGAGAACGGAGGAGACGAUGACGACGACGACUGUGACGUUGCUCCCGCGGCUUGAUCAUAUGCAUAUAAUCGUAUGCUCCUACUAUAAACUUAAUUAACAGUCAAUUAAUUAAGUAGUAAUAUUGUGUUUCUUGUCAUUGAACCACACACACACACACACACAGAUAUAUGUAGCUGAAGUACUAGAUUAUGCCUGUACUUUAUCCAUGUCGCAAGCAGGCUUUUAUUAUUUACUAGAUAAACAACAUUUUUGACUAUGGAGUGUUGAGAGACUUAGCUAUUAUAUAUGUAACAAUAUAAUGUAUCGUGUGUCUAUUAUUAAUGAAAAUAAUAUUACAUUAUGUACACAA